CGCCGGAAGCCGGAAGUGGUGUCCGGACCUCCGGCGUGCGGGGGCUGGAGGAGAGGCAGGUGGUCAGUAAUGGAGGAUUCACCGACCAGAAGCUCAAACCAAACAACAGAUCGCAGCCUGCAAGAGUCACUCAAUCCGCCGGGUUCUGAACAUCCACAGACUUUGUACGUGGAAGCAGAAAGUUCCACCGACCGUGGGGAGAAAUGGCCAACGUAUUCUGAGUGUGAGCAGGACUUCAGUCAAGCAUCCACACUGACAAGUGACCAGAUCAGUCACUCUGGGGAGAAACCGUGGAAGUGUGAGGACUGUGGGAAGAGAUUCAUUUCUCCUUCCCACCUGGAGACUCACCGCCGAAGUCACACUGGGGAGAAGCCCUUCAAGUGCUCUGUUUGUGGGAAAGGAUUCACACAGUCUUUCAAUGUAAAGACACACCAGCGAGUUCACACAGGGGAGAGACCGUUCACCUGCUCUGUGUGUGGGAAGGGGUUCAGCCGGUCGGGCAGCCUGGUGAUACACCAGCGAGUUCACACCGGGGAGAGACCCUUUGCCUGCUCUGAGUGUGGGAAGGGGUUCACCCACCCGGCUACUCUGCGUAAUCACCAGCGAGUUCACACGGGGGAGAGGCCAUUCACGUGCUCUGUGUGUGGGAAAGGAUUCGCCCAGUCACUAAACCUAAAAACACACCAACGGCUUCACACUGGGGAAAGGCCAUUCACUUGCUCUGUGUGUGGGAAGGGAUUCACCCAGUUAUUCAACCUAAAAACGCACCAGCGUGUUCACACGGGGGAGAAGCCGUUCACCUGCUCCGAGUGUGGGAAGGGAUUCACCCGGUCUGACAAAUUAACGGAGCAUCAGCGAGUUCACACUGGGGAGAGGCCGUUCACCUGCUCUGAGUGCGGGAAGGGGUUCACCCACCCAGCCACUCUGCGGAACCAUCAGCGAGUUCACACCGGGGAGAGGCCGUUCACCUGCAAUGAGUGUGGGAAGGCAUUCAGUUACACAACCAGUCUGCAGGAUCAUCAGCGAGUUCACACUGGGGAGAAGCCGUUCACCUGCUCGGAGUGUGGGAAGGGAUUCAGCCGGUCGGGCAGUCUGGUGGCACACCAGCGGGUUCACACUGGAGAGAGGCCGUUCACCUGCUCGGAUUGUGGGAAGGGGUUCAUUCAGUCGUCUGAGCUGCUGAUACACCGGCGAGUUCACACUGGCGAGAGGCCGUUCAUUUGCUCUGUGUGUGGGAAGGGAUUCACCCAGUCAUUCAACCUAAAAACGCACCAGCGAGUUCACACAGGGGAGAAGCCGUUCAUCUGCUCCAAAUGUGGGAAGGGAUUCACCCACCCAACCAAUCUGCGGAAUCAUCUGCGGGUUCACACGGGGGAAUAAUCAUUCAUCUAUCCUGUGUGUGGGAAGGGGGUCAUCCAAUAAUCCAGUCUGUGGAAUCACUAGCAAGUUCUCACUGAGGUGAUGCUGUUCAUUUGCUCUGAGUCAUCCAGUCUGCAGAAUCAUGGUGAGUCAAUGAGUGACUGUGGGAGCUGGAUUCUCCUGUUGUUGCUACUGAUGAUAUCCAGGAUUUGACCAUGGACAUUGUCCAGGUCUGGGUUCAUUCUGCUAAUGUUUACAGCCCAUGAUUGGAGUUUAAUGUUCUUGACAAAUGCUGAAUAAAUCACCUUGAACUUUAACACCCAGUCUGUUUCCCGC